GGGUGGCAGGUGGGUGCGGCCGGCGGGAGCCGGGGCGGCGGCGGCGGCGGCGGCGGCGGCAGCAAGUGGUUGGGCCGUGCUCAUUUCCUACCCUCCCCCUCGGCCUCGGGGUCCGCCCGCGGUGCCCAGUGCGCGGCGCCCGCGGCUCCGCGCCGCGUCCCCCCUCGCCGCCGCCGCCGGCCGCUCCCUUCCCCGCCGGUCCAUGUCCCUGCCCGUGGUGCUCCCGGGCUCCUGCUGCCCUGUGGCCGGGCUCUCGGGCGGGCCGCAGGCCGGGGGCCCGGGCGCCGGGGCCGCCGCCGCGCAGGAGCCGCCGCUGCCCCCGCUGCGGCCGCGCUGGCCCCGGGCGGCGCUGCAGCCCCCCGCGCGGCCUCGCUGCGCGGGCACCGCCGCCGCCGCCGGGGUGCUGGCGGCUCCGCCCGCGCUCUCCUCCCGCCGGGCCGCCGCCGCCGCCGCCGCCGCCGCCCCGGGCUCGGCGCUGCUGCCCGCUCGCCCGCUCCUGUCGCUCGGGCUGCUGCAGCUGAUCCUGGGCUGUUGCAUGGUGGCACUGAGCUUUGGGGCGCUGUCGCUGAGCAGCUCCCCGCAGGUGAAGAACUCGUGUCCGUUCUGGGCCGGCUCCUCGGUGAUCCUCUCUGGAAUCAUAGGAUUAACAACUUGGAAACGGCCUAUGAUACUGCUGGUGAACCUCUUUGUGCUGCUCUCUGUGGUGUGUGUCCUCUUAAAUCUAGCUGGAUUUAUUCUCGGCUGCCAAGGGGCCCAGUUUGUGUCCAGCGUGCCCCGGUGUGAUCUGGUGGACUUAGGCGAAGGCAAGAUUUGCUUCUGUUGUGAAGAAUUUCAACCAGCCAAAUGCACAGACAAAGAAAAUGCCUUGAAACUCUUUCCAGUUCAGCCUUGUAAUGCUGUUCACCUGCUACUCAAGAAAGUUCUUUUCGCCCUGUGUGCCUUGAACGCCCUGACCACCACCGUCUGCUUGGUGGCAGCUGCCCUUCGCUACCUCCAGAUAUUUGCAGCCCGAAGAUCCUGCAUCGAUGAGUCCCAGAUUUCUGUCGAAGAGGUGGAAGAACAUGGACGGAUCCCAGACCCCGAUGAUUUCGUGCCGCCAGUGCCCCCGCCUUCCUACUUCGCCACAUUUUACUCGUGCACACCCCGGAUGAACCGCAGGAUGGUCGGUCCUGAUGUUAUUCCACUCCCACAUAUCUACGGAGCGCGAAUCAAAGGUGUGGAAGUGUUCUGUCCUUUGGACCCCCCGCCUCCCUAUGAGGCUGUGGUGAGCCAGACGGACCAGGAGCAGGGAUCUUCAUUCCACAUGCCAGAAGGAUCAGAAGGUGCCAUGAGCCCCUUGGAGCCAAUCUGCAUGCCAGUGACUCAAGAAUCAGGUGGGGACAGUGCUAACAUACCUGGAGAAGGAAGUGGAUCCGUGUCAGCGCCCGAUGCAAACCAACUGCGUCCUGCGGGAAGCCGGAGAGCCCCGCCGCAGCUGAGGGCGAGAUCCAGGAGCGACCCCGUGCUCCAUCAUUCCGCGGAGAGAGCUGCCCCGGUGCUCAGCUGUGAAGCUGCCACGCAGACAGAGGGAAGACCGCAGCUGGCCACGGUGACCUUGAGGAGAGGUCUGAGAUGCAGAGCCUCGCGAUGCCGGCCUCGGUCCCUGAUAGAUUACAAGUCCUACAUGGACACCAAGCUGCUGGUGGCCAGGUUCCUGGAGCAGUCCUCCUGCAGUAUGACCCCGGACAUCCAUGAGCUCGUCGAGAACAUUAAAUCUGUUCUGAAGUCUGACGAGGAGCACAUGGAGGAGGCCAUCACGAGUGCCAGUUUCCUCGAACAGAUCAUGGCCCCGUUGCAGCCCAGCACUUCCAGAGCCCACGUGCCACCCUCCCGGAGACAGCCUGGACUCUUGCACCUGCAGAGCUGCGGGGACCUCAGCACCUUCGUCCCGGCGGGGAGGCCGAGAGCCCAGAGGAGGCCCCGGCGAGCGGAGGCCGAGCGGCCCCACAGCCUCAUCGGCGUCAUCCGGGAGACUGUCCUGUGAACCUGUGAGGCCAGGCCCCUGGGGGGGCAGGAAGGAAGAUGGACCCGGAAGGAGGAAUGAUCCCCCAACCACGGGGUCCCCUGGCUGGGAGUUGGCGCGCCCUCCGGGAACUCCUUAAAAGGGGGGAGGGCAUGCUGGAGGACAUUUGGCCCCCCUCUCCGGCACCUCGUUCUGCUGACUGAGCGCAUUCAGGGGUGGACAGGCAGGUUCUUCCAGGCACUUUUGGCUUUUGGAUGCACAGAUCUGGAGGCCUCUGCCAGGUCACCUGGGCAGAAAGUGGGCUAGUGAUUCUUUGCCCACCUCAUGCCCCCGUGGCUCUCUUCCUCGCUGCGUGCCUCCCUCAGUGGAAGGACAGAUCUGCUGGGCCGCUCUUGAUAGCUCCCGCAGCCUUUCGCGGCUCCCUGGGAGAGCAGUGGGCACAGAGGCAGGACGAUUAACCCCCAUGUUUUCUGCACUUGUCAAGCUUCAUUUUAGGUCACCCUCGAAUCACAGUCUCUUUAGGCAAAACGGGGAACUCGUUCAGUGACAAAUCGUAACGAAAGACGUUUGGGAGAGGGUCUUGUUGAUUCCAUUUACUCGUGCUUGCGAAACUAGAGAUGGCUAAGGCCUGGCGGAGAAUAAAAAUGAGUACUUUGGA